AGCAGCUGCCUCCCCAAGCACAGAGCUGAGUCCGCUUCAUCCUCAGCCGCCUCUCUCCUCCUCCUCCUCCUCUCUUCUCUAGUCCCCUCUUUCUUUCUGUCUCUCUUUCCCUUCUUUUUGGGGCUCAGGUGACCCCCCCAUUCCCCUGCGAAGGAUUCCGGCUACAUCUGCUCCUUGCCUGAGAAAAAGCAAUGGGGUACGGACGGUCGGACAGUUACCGCGUAGCCACCACGCAGGACAAUAAAGAUGACGAAUCCCCUAAGAAGGGGAAGGGGGUACAAAAGAAAGAAAUUGAUGAUCUCAAGAAAGAGGUGGCCAUGACAGAGCACAAAAUAACAGUUGAGGAAGUAUGCAGAAAACUAAAUACAGACUGCGUGCAGGGGCUUACACUAAGCAAGGCAGCAGAGAUCCUGGCACGUGAUGGACCUAAUGCCCUCACCCCUCCUCCCACCACCCCUGAGUGGAUAAAGUUUUGCCGCCAGUUAUUCGGAGGGUUCUCCAUUCUACUGUGGAUUGGGGCCAUUCUCUGCUUUUUUGCAUACGGCAUCCUGGCGAGUAUGGAGGAAGAACCCUCGGGCGACAAUCUGUACCUGGGUAUUGUUUUGGCAGCUGUCGUGAUCAUCACUGGCUGCUUCUCCUAUUACCAAGAAGCCAAGAGCUCCAAAAUCAUGGAGUCCUUUAAAAACAUGGUGCCCCAGCAAGCGCUGGUUAUCCGUGAAGGGGAGAAAAUGCAGCUAAAUGCUGAAGAAGUGGUUGUUGGGGAUCUUGUGGAAGUCAAAGGUGGGGACAGAGUACCAGCCGAUCUUAGGAUCAUCUCAUCUCACGGCUGCAAAGUAGAUAACUCUUCACUCACUGGUGAAUCUGAGCCUCAGACGCGGUCACCUGACUGCACACAUGAAAACCCACUUGAAACACGAAAUAUUGCCUUCUUCUCCACCAACUGCGUUGAAGGUACUGCCCGUGGAAUAGUUGUCGCUACAGGAGACAGAACAGUAAUGGGCCGUAUUGCUACCCUGGCUUCUGGUUUAGAGGUGGGGAAGACCCCCAUUGCCAAAGAGAUUGAACACUUCAUCCACUUGAUCACUGGUGUGGCUGUAUUCCUAGGAGUAACCUUCUUCGUCCUUUCUCUUAUCUUGGGUUACACUUGGCUGGAGGCCGUCAUCUUCCUCAUUGGCAUCAUUGUUGCUAAUGUGCCAGAGGGAUUGCUGGCUACUGUGACUGUGUGUCUAACACUCACUGCCAAACGUAUGGCCCGAAAGAACUGUCUAGUGAAGAACCUGGAGGCUGUAGAGACCCUGGGAUCCACCUCAACCAUCUGCUCUGAUAAGACUGGCACCCUGACACAGAACCGUAUGACUGUGGCACACAUGUGGUUUGAUAACCAGAUCCAUGAGGCUGACACAACAGAGGACCAGUCAGGAGCAUCAUUUGAUAAGAGUUCCCCUACCUGGCUGGGCUUGGCUCGAAUCGCUGCUCUCUGCAAUCGUGCCGUCUUCAAAGCUGGAAAUGACAACAUCCCUGUACUAAAGAGGGACGUGGCAGGUGAUGCGUCAGAGUCUGCUCUCCUAAAGUGCAUUGAGUUGUCCUGUGGGUCUGUGAAGGCGAUGAGAGAGAAGAGCAAGAAGGUGGCCGAGAUUCCUUUCAACUCCACCAACAAGUAUCAGCUCUCCAUCCAUGAGACUGAGGACCCAAAUGAUAACCGGUACUUGCUUGUGAUGAAGGGAGCCCCAGAAAGGAUUCUGGAUGUCUGCUCUACCAUUCUUAUCCAGGGCAAAGAGCAGCCACUGGAUGAUGAGCUUAAGGAGGCUUUCCAAAAUGCUUACCUGGAGCUUGGUGGACUGGGAGAGAGAGUACUUGGGUUCUGCCACUAUUACUUCCCAGAGGAGCUCCAUCCCAAGGGCUUUGCUUUUGAUACAGAGGACCUGAACUUCAGCACCGAGAACCUGUGCUUUGUGGGACUUAUGUCCAUGAUUGACCCUCCCAGGGCAGCAGUGCCUGAUGCUGUUGGGAAAUGCAGAAGCGCAGGUAUCAAGGUUAUCAUGGUAACAGGCGAUCAUCCAAUUACAGCCAAAGCUAUUGCCAAAGGAGUGGGAAUUAUCUCAGAGGGAAAUGAGACAGUGGAGGAUAUAGCAGCCAGACUCAAUAUCCCUGUCAGCCAAGUCAACCCCAGAGAUGCUAAAGCAUGUGUCAUUCAUGGUACCGAUCUGAAGGACAUGUCCACUGAACAGAUAGAUGAAAUCCUUCAGAACCACACUGAGAUUGUCUUUGCCCGAACAUCUCCUCAGCAGAAACUCAUCAUUGUGGAAGGAUGCCAGCGUCAGGGUGCUAUUGUGGCUGUGACGGGAGAUGGUGUGAAUGACUCACCUGCCCUAAAGAAGGCUGACAUUGGGGUAGCUAUGGGCAUUGCGGGUUCAGAUGUCUCAAAGCAGGCAGCUGACAUGAUCCUGCUGGAUGAUAACUUUGCCUCCAUUGUCACUGGUGUGGAAGAAGGUCGCCUUAUCUUUGACAACUUGAAGAAAUCCAUAGCAUACACCCUGACUAGUAACAUUCCUGAAAUCACCCCCUUCCUACUCUUCAUUAUGGCCAAUAUUCCGCUGCCACUGGGCACCAUUACCAUCCUGUGCAUUGACUUGGGAACUGACAUGGUUCCUGCUAUCUCCUUGGCUUAUGAAGCUGCAGAGAGUGACAUCAUGAAGCGCCAACCAAGAAACCCUCGAACAGACAAACUGGUGAAUGAAAGACUGAUCAGCAUGGCAUAUGGGCAGAUUGGUAUGAUCCAAGCUUUGGGUGGCUUCUUCUCCUACUUUGUAAUCCUGGCAGAGAAUGGCUUCCUCCCAUCUCACUUGAUUGGGAUCCGGUUAACAUGGGAUGACCGAUCAGUAAAUGAUCUGGAGGAUAGCUACGGACAGCAGUGGACAUACGAACAGAGGAAAAUUGUGGAAUUCACAUGUCACACAGCUUUCUUCGUCAGUAUUGUGGUUGUGCAAUGGGCAGACGUCAUCAUCUGUAAAACAAGGAGGAACUCUGUAUUCCAGCAGGGAAUGAAGAACAAGAUCCUCAUCUUUGGGCUGUUUGAAGAAACAGCAUUGGCUGCAUUCCUGUCCUACUGCCCUGGAAUGGACAUUGCACUAAGAAUGUACCCGCUAAAGCCCAGCUGGUGGUUCUGUGCCUUCCCAUACAGCUUCCUCAUCUUUGUAUAUGAUGAGAUCCGAAAACUCAUCCUUAGGAGACACCCAGGAGGCUGGGUAGAAAAAGAGUCUUAUUAUUAAAUUCACAGAGAAGCACCUUCCAAAUCUGGACCCUACGACCUCCGAAUCCUUCCCGCCCCACUCCACGAAAGAA